AUGAAGGUCCCAACGUCCUUCCCCACGACUUCAUGUUCCACAGAAUAUUCUACCUGGCGAACAACAACGGCGACACGACCGCCGUUUCGUGACCCUUACGGCAGCUACUGCAAAAGUUAUCGCGAAUUGUUGCUCGACGUCGUGCGCACCAGGAACCAUAUCCGGAACCACCUGGCGGCCGGGUCGCUGCAGAUGCUGCGAGAGGAAGAGGAAGUCAGCAUAUUGAUUGUGGCAAGGGGCUAUGAGUUUACGGUGGUGUUCUUUGCAGUGUUGGGCCUGGACGCCAUUGCAGUCCCACAAAGUCCACACGUCUCGUCCGAAGAAUUGCUCCAUGCGGCGGCAACAGCCCAGGCUCAUGCCACCGUCUGUUCACCCGAGCACGUGAAGCUGGCAAGUGGCAUCGCUGGGCGAACUCGAAUGCGUAAAGGCUACCUCGCCAUCAACUUGCACGGCUGCAUCAAUGACAAUCCCUCCACACUGUCCGUCCAAUCCAUGCUCUUCAGCUCAAACAAACCCUUAGACCAAAGCAAGCCUGCCCUCAUCAUCUUCACCUCCGGGAGUACCGGUCCUUCCAAAGGAGUUGCGUACCGAAGAUACAAUCUGACCCUGGUCGCCUGUCAGCAGAUCUGGAAGAACGGCGUCAAAGAGGGAUUUACCGUCCUGCAGACGCUCCCCACCCACCACGGGACCGGUCUGAUGCUCAACACGAUCCCCACCGUCCUGGGUGGCGGCUGUAUCGAAUUCACGCAUCCCAAGUUCGACGCCGCGACGACGUGGGAGCGAAUCCGUCAAGGCGGCGUUACAAGUCUCUCCGCAGUGCCCACCAUUUUCGUGCGACUGCUCAAGCACUGGGACGACGUUCUGGCCAAGAGCGACGACGCGGAGAGGAAAGGCUACCUGGAUGCGCUCUGCGCCGUUGAGCAGUAUCACUGUGGAUCGGCGGCGUUGCCGGUGCGUGCGGCGAUGAAGUGGAAGGCACUUACUGGGCGACACAUUUUGGAGAGAUACGGUGGGACCGAGUUUGGCAACCCGUUUUUGAAUCUCAAGACGACGCCGUUUGGUUCGGUCGGCGUCAAGAAUCCAGGGGUGGAAACAUACCUCGAGCACGGCGAUCACGGGGAGGUCUUUGUUCGAUCGCCAUUCAUGUUCUCAAAGUACAUCAACGAUGUCGACGGUACCAGAAACGCUCUCACGCAGGACGGUUACUUCAGAACCGGCGAUGUGGCGGAGAAAGUCAACGAUAUAUACUUUCUCAAAGGGCGCAAGUCGGUCGAUAUCAUCAAAAGCGGCGGGUACAAGAUCUCAGCACUCGAUAUCGAGCGCGCCAUCCUCGACCAUCCCAAAGUCGAGGAUGCCAUUGUCGUGGGCGUCGUCGACGACGACAUGGGUCAGCGCUUGGCCGCCGCAGUGGUCUUGAAAGAGGGUCAAACCUCCCUCUCCUUGCCAGAACUCAGACACGACCUUAAGGAUAAGCUCUCCUACUACAAGCUUCCCACGCUUUUGAGAGUUGUGCCGGCGUUGGAGCAGACGGCGAGUUUCAAGGUCCCCAAAGCGUUGUUGAAGAAGACGCUGUUUGGGGCCGAUCAUCCGGAUAUCCAGAGGCUGCCGGGAAAGGGGGAGGGGAAGGAGAAUGCGAAAGCGAGGUUGUGA